UUAGCAUAUUUUGGUAAUUGUAGGGGGACACAACCUCCCUCUCAGCUUAUAUAAUUUUUUUGGUUCAUAUGAGCCACUUAGGGCGGGGAUGAGAAUCAAUCCCAAGAUCACCUGGAACCGAGAGGAAAGCUCUUACCAACUAAGCUAUCCCUCACUCUCUCUCAGCUUAUAUAAUAGAGUUAUAAUAGAAGAGAAAAAUGGCCUUCAAUAGUUUUCAAUCAGUUAUUGGAUUUUCUGAUAGUUACCUUACAUGCUAAAUAUUAAAUCCCAUUAAUAUUGCAAGAUCUUUUUAUACAAAAAAUUAAGGAAAAAGGUAACAAUUAGGGAUUAAACUUUUUUUACUUUUCACCUUUUGCGAUCUGAACUUUUUUCUUUCACUGUUUGAGACCUUAGAAAGAAUUUCAGUUGAAAAAAUUAACUAUGGUUAAGUGGUGGGUCCACUAAUUAUUUUAGAUUCUAAUUUAUUUACAAAAGAGAAUUUUUGUUUAAAAACAAAAAAAAAAAAAAAAAAAAAAAAAAUUGUGUUAGGCGUUUUUACCCCAAAAAAUUACUGCACAAAAUACAGUGCCUUUUCAACUCCACUCUUCAUCAUCAACCACGUCUCUCCUGUUUGUUCUCCCUUUCAAAAAAAAAAUAAAAAAAUAUUGAAGCUUUGAAGGCGAUUUUGGUGCAGAUUAUUAGCGGUUUUUCAAGCAUCUUAGCACAAGUAUGGAGGUACCACUAUGCAUUAUUCUUCAUCAUGGUGGAAGUGGGAGAACACUCCCGAGUUCAAAUAUGUUGGGGGAAGUAUCAAGUUGAUCAAUGACAUUGCUUCUGAUUUUGAUGCAAGUUAUUUGAAAGCUUUCAUUGCAUACUUAGGGUAUAGUAACAUAAUUAAGUUACACUAUUGUGAUCCACUCAAGAGUUUGCGUAAUGGUGUUAUAUUUUUGGGAUAUGAGGAUGUCAUAUUCACUAAGUUCAAAAGCUUAUUGUAUGAGUGCGGAAUGAUAGAUGUCUUUACAGACCAUGAUGAUGGGGAAUAUGGUCAGAACUUGACUAAAGAAAAGUAUGGUAAUGUCCCCGAGGACAUAGUACAAGGUGAGUUGGAUGGUGCUAUAACUGAGACUGAUUUGCUUGCCACUCAAGAGCAUGACAUUGCUGUUGACUACACUAAAAAAGAUGUUAAAAAUCUCUUCCAUUGGAAUUCAGAAAUACACUAAGUAACUACUCUGUGUCAAUAGGAAGAGAUUUGCACUACACUAAAAAUGAUGCUAAAAAAACUAGGAGUAAAGUGUAAGGAGCAGAGCUGUCCUUUUUACAUUAGGGUUUCACUAGAGAAAGGGAAGAAAACCAUGACUGUCAAGACAUUGAAACCACGACACAACUGUGGGAGGGUAGCACAAAUGAAGAAACUAAGAGCUAAGUGGAUUGCAAAGACAUAUCACAAUAAGUUUAAAGUCAACCCAUACCUGAAGUGCCAAGAGAUUGUUGAUACAAUCUGGUCAGCGUGGGGAGUUAAAGCAUCUUUGUGGUUAGCUUUAAAAGCAAGAAGGGCAGCUCAGAAUGUGAUAUUGGGGGAGUAUGCAGAGCAAUAUGGAUUGUUGUAUAGGUAUGCUAAUGAAAUAAAGAGGUCCAAUCCACAAAACACAAUUAAAUUCAAGUUAAAUUCAGGUGUGUUUAAGAGGGUGUAUAUGUGCUUUGAUGCUAUUAAGAAGGGAUUUUUAGAUGGUUGUAGGCCGUUCUUUGGGAUUGAUGGUUGUUUUUUGAAAGGUCCAUUUGGAGGAAAGUUACUUGUUGUUGGUAGGGAUGGAAACAACCAGAUGUUUCCUAUUGCUUGGGCCUGUGUUGAAGUUGAAAGCACUGAGACUUGGGGGUGGUUUUUACAGUUAUUAGUUGAUGAUUUGGGAACCCCGGAUGGUUUUGGAUACACAAUUAUGUCAGAUCAACAAAAAGGGUUGCUCAAAGCUGUUUCAAUUGUUUGGAUAAGAGCUGAUACAAGAUGUUGUGCAAGACAUGUGUACUGUAACUUCAGACAAGUUUUUGGGGGUGGUCUAUUUUAUAGAAGAGGGUUUUGGAAGAUUGCCAAAAGCACAACUGAAAAUGGCUUCAAAAGAAACAUGGAAUUAUUUGCUGCUAUUAGUCUACCGGCAGCAAAGGGCUUAUUGAAAAGAAACUACAAAAAAUGGGUAAGAGCUUUUUUGACAACUACACGUACUUGUGAGAGCAUAGAGAACAAUAUGAAUGAAGUUUUCAAAGCAUAUAUCCUAACAUCAAGACAUAAACCUAUAAUCACCAUGUUAGAGGACAUUAGGGAAGGUUUGUUGGAAAGAUUGCAUAAGAAGAGAGAUUUCAUUACUAAUAAAGACAUUGAAAUAUGUCCAAGGUUACAAGCAAGGUUGGAAAAGUCUAAGUUAGAUGCUAGAGGUUGGUCUGCAUUUUGGGAUGGACAUUUCACAUAUGGUGUCAGGGAAGGCAACACAGGUUAGAUAUGUUGUAAGUUUGCUUGAGAAGACAUGCAGUUGCAAUGCUUGACAGCUAAGUGGAGUCCCUUGCAACCAUGCCGUGGUUGCAAUUUGGAAAGCACAUGAACACCUAGAGCAUUAUGUGUCUAAGUACUACAGUAAAACAACAUAUUUAAAAGCAUAUGCAUUCCAAUUAGAGCCCCUCAAUGGACCCCAAGAGUGGCCUACAUCAACAAAAACACCUAUUCAAGCUCCUCCAUUGAAAAAUCUUCAAAACAGACCCGCCACUAAAAGAAAGCUUUCAUUAGGUAAAGUUAAGCCCACCAAAUUGUCAAAAAAAGGCACAUCACAAACACACAAGUGCAGCAAUUGCAAAGAACCUGGUCACAACAAAAAGAAGUGUCAUUGGCCACAACAAAAUCAAACUGUCAACUACAAUGCACCAAAGCAACCAAAGAAAAAGACACAUAUUACUGCAACCCCAGCAGCUUCCAGCACACAGCAAUCCCAGGUAAUCAAAGACACUUACCCAAACGGGUGUCAAAGACAAUCAGUGGGUACAAUUAUACCUCAAUCAAGUCAUUCAUAUGUACCAAGUCAGUCUUGUCAUGGAUCAAACACAAAUCAUUUGACACAACAAAGUUCAUUGUACAGUAGACCAACAAGAUUGUUCUAAUUUCAUUAAAAUGCAAGGCUAAAGAACUUGACUUUUGGAGAGCAAGA